AUGAGCACGCUCCCGCCGCUCUCGCACUUCACACCCGGCGGCGCGGGCCCAGCCGGCGGCAGCAAGGCCGGCGCGGCCGGCGCAUCCGCCGUGCCCAGCAGCAGCCGCACCACCUUCCACCUGCCACCGCGCGCCGUGGCGCCGAGCAUGGACGUCGUGCUGCUCCUCUCCACCGCGCCGCCGGCGCCCGUCGCGCCCCUGACAGGCGCCGCUGCCAUGCGCGCUCGCAUGCUGGCCAUGCAGGCGGCACGGCGUGCCGGCCAGUCCGCCGCCGCCGCCGGUGCUGCGGCGGGCCAGCCAAAGGCGGGCGUGCGGCGCGCCGAGCUCAGCGCCGAGCUGUGGCGCACGGGCGAGGUCGCCGAGCAGGUCUGGAAGGUGCCGCUGCUCGUCGAAAAUGUCUGGACGGGCGAGGGAGAUGAGCUGUGCAUCGUCAAGGAUGUAGCAUGGGCACCAGAUGCGCAAACGGUGUCGCUACUGCUCACCCUGCUGCUGAUGCCGACGGGCGCCGCGGCUGCCCAAGCACCGCAUCGUCAAGCGCGCACCUUUGUGUCCACGCAUCUGCUGGCCACAGGCGCGCGCCAGGCUCUCUUUGAGCUUCACUCGGCAACGGAGCCGGCCCCUCGCGAGGCCGGGCAUAGUGGGCUAGGCGGUGGAGGUCUGCUAUGGUGCAGUGGAAGCCGUCAAUCGCCGCCGGCUGCUUGCGAUGAGAUUCUCGCGUCCCUGCCGCCAUUGACCGAGCCAGUGGAUCCGAGCGCUCUGCCGUCCAGCUCUGCCAAGCUCAUGCCGCAUCAGGUCGCGGCACUGCGCGGUCGCACAACCUCCACAGCUGCCUCGGCCCUGCCGGCGAACGCAGCGCUCAACGACCCACGCGGCGUCGGACCGGCACUCGCCAGGCUGCCGCGUCUGCCGCGCAUCAGUGCGCCAACGAAGCCUCACAGCACGACGUACGCCGUGCAUCAGGCGCACGUUCGCACGUGGAACGACCACCUCCAGACAGCAAGCGAGCAGUACGCUACAAACGCCCGCGCCGAGAUCUGCGUGGCGGUUGUGAUGGGCAACGUGCGCCACGCGCUCGAGAGCCUCUUCGCCGGCAACGAAGGCCUGACGCUCGGCGUGCUGGAGAAGAUGCGAGACGAGAUGCUGCGCUCGCUCGACCGGUGUGCUGAGGCUGCGGGCCGCGAUCUGACGCAGGCGGCCGAGCGGCUUGUGGUGGUGCUUACUGAGCUGCUCGGCUGCGCACGAUGGCCUGAGCGAUACGGCACGCUGCUGCGCGAUCAAGAGGACAAGAUCGAGGAGAUGCUCUCGAUGGUGCAAGGCUUCUUGCUUCACGCACGGAGCCUGCAAGAGCUGUGCGAGCUCGAGAGCUUGGCGUUCGAGGAGUUCUUCGAGUUCUGGCUCCUCGAGCGCGAGCGGCAAGACCGGCAACGAUUAGAAGCACGCGGCGAGGCGCCCUCGACUUCUGCCGACGGAGGCGGCCAGCGGUGGGACACGUUGACCGUGCUGGAGCUGGUCAGGCGAGGCUUUGCGAGCACAGACAUCGAUGCCCUCGUCCUUGGGCUCAGUCCGGACGGGCAGUCUGGUGAAAAUACGGCCGGACUGCGCAAGCCUCCAGUGCGGCCGUCGCUGCAGGAGACGAUGGCAAAGACGAGGGCGCGGCUCGCCAUGCCGCUGCCCGAGGUGGUGCACUUCCCGGACGCCGACGAGGUCAACGAGGUCUUCAAGGCGAAGAGCGCGCUGUUCAUGGGCGGCGCCGCAGGCAGCUCAAAGACGACACGGACUGGCGUCUUUCCGUGUCUGGACACGCUGUGCCAGACGGUGCUGGCUUCGAGCGCGCGUCUCUUCGAUGCAUCUCUCGGAGCCGUCAUGCCGCUGGCGAAGCUCACGUCUCGCACGACCUUCUGGCUGCCGACAGGCCUGAGCAUGCCGGCUCGCACGCUGUGGAGCAGCAUCGACACGGCGUUUGCCCCGCCUGCACUGCCCACCCGCGUGCUUCUUGCGCCGCCGUCUCAAGUCGAAGGUCGCCUCUUCGUCACCCUCAUCCACGACCGCGAGUCGGGCUGCGCGAGCAUCUGCAGCCCGCCGACGACGGCCGGCGACGCCGUAGUCUGGGCCGCCACGGCGCCGGAUGGCUCGCUGCGGCAGGUGCACGAUGGCACCUUCUACGGCCGCCUGCUUCUGCUGCUGUGCUCACCGCCAGGCUCAGACGAACCCCGCGAGAUUCUGCUGCUGCUUCCCGACGGCGCCGCAGGAUGGCGCGCGUCCAAGAGCUUCAUGCUCGACGCCCCGCUCGCGACACCGCUGCAGCUCGCAGCGGGCCAGGGCAAGGGCACUUUGGCGACGCUGUGCGGCUCACUCCAGGCGCCGACGGUGGGCUACUGGGACUUCAGCGCCGAGGAGGAGCAGGCUGAGGCGCAGCUCCAAGGCUAG